AUGGGCCUCGCUGGUACUAAAGUUAAACAAAGAUUUGGACUUGAUCCACGUAAUACGUCAUGGUCUAACGAUAAAAGCAGAUUUGGUCACCGAUACUUAGAGAGUAUGGGGUGGGCUCCUGGAAAGGGUUUAGGGCUUGUCGAGCAUGCCACUACCACACACGUAAAGGUUUCAGUAAAGGAUGAUACAGUUGGUUUAGGGGCUAAACUUGCUAAAAGAAGUGGAACUGAUGACCUCGAGACAGAUAGUUCCGGCCUUGAUGACUUUCAGCGAAUAUUGGGUAGACUCAAUGGUAGAGGCCGUGAAGUAGAUGAAGCCCUUGAGCAGAAAAGAAAGGAUAAUAUAAUAAAUGGUAAAUGGGGAAUGCAUUUCAUCAAGGGCGAAGUGCUUUGCAGUACGUGGGAUCGGAAGUCGAAAAGCCAUAUGUUGAAGACAGCUUUGGAGGACGAAUCUGAAGUAAACUUCAAGUCUAGUAAAAAGAGAAGACAAAGUGGUUCUGAACCAUCCAGGGAUCUGACACUGCAUGCUAAGAGAAUGAGGGGUGAUGAGUCAAAGAAAUCAACGAGGGACCAAAGUAAACAAGAAAGGAAGGAGAAAAAAAUAAAGACGGAAAAGAAGGAGAAAAAGGAAAAGAAGGAGAAAAAGGAAAAGAAAGAAAAGAAGGAAAAGAAGGAAAAGAAAGAAAAGAAAGAAAAGAAGGAGAGAGAUUAUGGCAAUAGAGCCCUGCCAGUUGAACCAAGAAAGCACGACCAGAUUUCAAACGUAGGAAGAUUAUCUGCCAGAGCUAAAUACAUUAAGCAGAAACGGGCAUCUGUGAUGGACGCCAAGGCAUUGAACGAAAUCUUCAUGAUAUCAAAAUGA